GAAGACAUUUCAUAACUAUUUUACGCAUUUCAUUUCAUAAGUCUUGUCAUGUCAAUAAAUGCCUAUGCACAUUGAACCGAGAGAAUAGUCUUGCAGUUAUUUUGGAACGGUAUUGCAAGUAUGAGGAUAGCUGUUCUUGGAGCCAGUGGACAGACAGGGCAGUAUUUGGUGAAGCAGGCUAUCCAAAAAGGCUACGGUGUCACCGCCGUGGUGCGGAGCCCAGAUAAACUGGUACUUCGUCAUGAGAAGCUGAAGGUAGUAAAAGGAGACGUGUUCUCAAAAGACAGUCUAAAGCCCCUUCUACAAGGUCAUGACGCAGUCAUCUCCUGUCUGGGGUUUCCCAUCUCGCCCCUGUUUGGGGUCACUGGCUACACUACGUCCAUGCGAGCGGUUGUUCGCGCGAUGCAGGAGGUGGAAGUGAACCGCCUCAUCACAAUGACAUCAUGGUAUACUGACUCCAAGUCGUUGUCGGGCACUGCUGCCGUUUUCAGGCUCUUCCUGCUGAUGGCCAUACAGAGUGUGCUCAGCAACAUGUAUGAGAUGGAGCACUUUUUAAAGCGCGUCCAUAAUAUCAACUGGACAGUCGUGCGUCCUCCAGGUCUACAGAAUGCCCCGGCCACAGCCAAGGAGUUCCUGACCCACGAGGGCUACUUUGUCCCGAACCCUAGUGGGCUCCCUAUUGGACGCCACGCUGUUGCCAGGGGCGAUGUUGCCCGCUUCAUGCUGUCAGUGUUGGAUAGCAACUCAUGGAUACAGAGAGGAGUUGCUAUGACAACCAAGUAACUGUGUAUGUUGUUUAACUUAUGAUUGUGUGCUAUAUGAUGACAAAAAGGGAUGUAACAAAUAAAAGAUU